AUGUCUAAUUCAGACUCCUCAGAGGACUUACUUUUUUCGAAGGAUCUCGAUCCCGUCUCCGAUACCCUUUCAGAGGAAGCAUCCAACUCUGUAAAUCACCGUCGCUCCAGCUCUCGUCUGAGCGCCCGCAGCGGCUCUCGCUCAGCAGAGGCAGAAUUCCUCGUCGCCCACCUCAAGAAGCAGGGCAUCACACCAGCCCCAGAUCUCCUGCUUUCUCAGCUCCGUGAGCAGUCGGACCAAGCCUCCGGCGCGGUCUCCCAGCCCAGGCCAGCAGCCCCAGCCAGCCCCCCCGGAAGAGGGCGAGGGCGCGCUCGCGGGGGCAAAAGGCCUAAAAAAGCGAGUCCUCCAGGAGCUCACUCGGCCAAAAAAUCCUCCACUCCUCAGGCUCACUCCAGCGGUGCUCAGCAGCCCAGCACCGCUCAGCCCGGGAGCUCCGGCACUCAGCCCCCCUUCGACGGCAGACUAGCCAACACUCUGCAAUCUUUGGCAAGUUCCAUGCUGUUAAUAGACGCUCGCCUUCAGUCCAUGGAGAGAGGUCAGGCCGGAGCUUCAACCUCUUCGGCGGCCCCGCUGGGUCAGGAUUUUACAUCUGGCUCGGUAGCUCCAUCUUACUCUCUGGCUUCCGCCCUCCCGGCUCCUCCCUCAGGUAGGCCCUACAUCCCCCAAGCCGCUAACAUCUCCUCACGGCUCCGGGCAAAAAUCCUAGACGGGAAAGACAUUAAUUUGGUCAGCCUCAUCCUGCCUUCCCCGGAGUGCGACAAAGCCAUCGCCACAGGAGGAAGCAUUACUGCGUACUUGCAGGGAGGCCCACCCGAGGGCUCUCUCAAGGGUUCAGGUGUUCCGGACAAGCCCAAUAGGGGUCGCUACACGGUCGAUCUGUCCGCUCCUCGCGCUGGGCCGUUCUGCAGCAUCAAUAGCCUUAUUCCCCCCGAGUAUUUUUCACUUCACUACGCUUCAGUCGAUAAUGCCAUCAAGCUCAUCAAAUUCGCAGGGCAAGGAGCGUGGCUCUCCAAAGCAGAUAUCACCGACGCAUUCAAAAUCAUUCCCAUUCACCCAUCUCAGUGGCACAUGUUCGGUAUCAGGUGGGAGUCCAAAUUCUACUUCGCUGUCCGUCUAACCUUCGGGUGCAGAAGUAGCCCUUGUAUCUUUAAUUCUUUUUCCGAAGCCCUCUGCUGGAUCCUCCUGAACAUCGUCAGAAUCCCCUCCGUUCUUCACUUAUUGGACGAUUUCCUCCUCAUAGAUCCCCCUCGGGACAACUCAGGCGACUCUCUAGCAAAACUCAAAACAUGCUUUCAGGAGUUAGGCGUUCCCCUCUCAGAAGAGAAAACGCUAGGUCCCAACACAUGCCUGGAGUUUCUGGGCAUUACACUCGACUCCGUAGACAUGGAAGCGUCUCUCCCCACGGACAAACUGCAGCGCAUUCGCGACAUCUCAAAAGCCUUCUGCGAGCAACAAGUUAUCACCAAGCAGCAGCUGCUCUCCCUGCUCGGGCACCUCAAUUUCGCCAUGCGUAUCAUCCCUCAGGGGCGCUCUUUUAUCUCCCGGCUCCUGGAUACAGCGUCGGCUGCAGAAAACCUCCAUGACCACGUCUUUCUAGAUGAAGGCUGCCGCUCAGACCUACGGUUUUGGUCCCUCCUGCUCGUACACUGGAAUGGCGUUACCUUCUUCUACGACGACCUCGUGUACUCCUCCGACUCCAUGAGAUUCUUCACAGACGCUGCCCCAUCCGUGGGUUUUGGGUUUUUUUUUCAGGGAGAGUGGUUCGCAGGCUCGUGGCCUCCGUCAUUUCCCAGCCAUGCCUCUUCCUCCGCUCUGCAUGAGAUCUUUCCGAUCGCUGUCGCCUGCCACGUGUGGGGUCACCUCUGGCCCCGGAAGCGGAUCUCAGUACUCUGUGACAACCAAUCAGUGGUCGGGAUUAUUAACAAAGCACGCUCCCCGUGCCGUGACAUUAUGCCGUUCAUGAGAAGCAUCACGUGGUCUUCCAUCACCCACAACUUCCUCAUCUCCGCUCGUCAUGUUCCCGGCCACCUUAAGUCAGUGGCUGAUUCCCUCUCUCGCUUCCAAUUCCAGACGUUCCGGAACCUCUGCCCAGGAGCCAGCGCUCAACCCGUCAGGAUUCCUCCCCUGCAUCUCCUCUCUCUCUCCUAA